ACUCAGCCCUGACCUUAUUAGGAAGGGGAUCACAGAGUCUCUGAGAGACUUUAUCUAGUUCAGUGCAGGGACCGAGACUCAAGCCUGUGGCUGGAGGAUCCACAGGACCACAAGGUCUUGCCAGGCUCCCUUUUGUCCACAGAGGUCUCUGCCUUCCUCAGCAGUUCCUGCAGGACUGGUUGUGGUAGCUCCUGAGUCCUGCCCAGGACUGCUCUCCUCUCUUCAGAGCACCCCUCCUUUCUUGCUCCCCAUCCCAGCUCAGGAGGAGGACUGACUGAUGGCCUGGGAGGCCACAUACCUGCUCUCCCCAGUGGUGCUGCUGCUCCUGGCCUCAGGCUCCUGGGCACAGGACCCAGAGAUACUUCAAACAGUGGAGGGCAAGACUGUUUCUAUGACAUGCUGGUAUGAUCCCAGCUACAGCUACAGUGAGAAGAUCUGGUGUAAGAAAGUAUCAGACACCAUUUGUCAAGCCCCAGUGCACUGUGACAGCACAGGUGCCGAGAAGCUAAGAUUCUCCAUCCAGCAAUCUCCUUGGUUCAGCUUCUUCACUGUCACCAUGACUGAGCUCAAGAUACAGGACUCAGGGACCUAUUACUGUGGGCUCAUUGGAAAUUCUGGCAACAACAUUAUUCUCAGGACUCUCCGCCUGGUGGUGUCAGAAGGGUCUUCAGAUGUGUUCACUCCUGACAUCAUUCCUACUACAAGACUGCCUGAGCUUCCCACCCUUAUUAUCACAAAACACUCGCCCAGUCACACAACUUCGACCCGAUCCCUACACAAGCCCACAGCUGUUGUUUCCUCUCCUGAUCCUGGAGUCACCAUCAUAAAUGGGACAGAUGCUGCAAGGAGCUCCAUAUCCAGUGUACUUGUUCCCUUGGUCUGUGGACUCCUCAGCAAGACCCUGGUCUUCACUGUCUUAUUCAUUGUCACACAGAGGUCAUUUGGAUGACAGAUCUUGAAGCUACACAAUAGUUACUUUCAGCCAUGUCUGGCUCACAGGAGGAGCAGAGGUGGGGGCACUAAGCAGGAACUGUGACUUGCAUUGAGGCUGUAAUGGUGGGUGACAUCUAAAGCUCAGGAUGUCCUUAGCUGACCCUGCCCACUCUUUAGAGAGCUUUUGGGGCUGCUUGGCAGGAAUUUCACAUUGGGUCAGGACAAAAAAGUAAGCUCAGGGAUGAAUCUGAUUUUGAGCUAGGACUCAGGAAAUUGGCUCAAAUUAAGAACAUAUAAAAUAGCAUAUAAAGGAAGACCUAUCAGAAUUACACCAGACUUCUCACCAGAGACCAUGAAAGCUAGAAGAUCCUGGGCAGAUCUCAUGCAGAAUCUAAGAGAACACAAAAUGCCAGCCAAGACUACUAUACCCAGAAAAACUCUCAAUCACUAUAGAUGGAGAAACAAAGAUAUGCCAUGACAAAACCAAAUUUACACAACAUCUUUCCACAAACCCAACCCUACAAAGGAUAAUAGGGGGAAAACACGAAUACAAGGAGGGAAACUAUACCCUGGAAAAAGCAAGAUAGUAAGUAACCUUCUUUCAUCAAACCCAAAAGAAGAUAACCAUUCAAAUAUGAAAUUAACAUCAAAAUGACAGGAAGCAAUAAUCACUAUUCAUUAAUAUCUCUUAACAUCAAUGGACUCAAUUCCCCAAUAAAACACAUAGACUAACAGACUGGAUAUGUAAACAGGAUCCUACAUUUUGCUGCAUACAGGAAACACACCUCGAUGUCAAAGACAAAAACCACCUUAGAGUAAAAGGCUGGAAGACAAUUCUACAAGCAAAUGGUCUCAGAAAACAAGCUGGAGUUGCCAUUCUAAUAUCAGAUAAAAUUGACUUUCAACUUAAAGUCAUCAAAAGAGACAUGGAAGGACACUUCUUGCUGGUCAAAGGAAAAAUCCACCAAGAAGAACUCUCAAUCCUGAACAUCUAUGCUCUAAAUGCAAGGGUACCCUCAUACAUAAAAGAAACUUUACUAAAGCUCAAAGCAAACAUUGCAUCUAACACAAUAAUUGUGGGCAACUUCAACACCCCACUCUCCUCAAUGGACUGAUCAGGAAAACAGAAACUAAACAGGGACACAGUGAAACUAAUUGAAGCUUUGGACCGAUUGGAUUUAACAGACACAUAUAGAACAUUUCAUCUCAAAGCAAAAGAAUAUACCUUUUCCUCAGUACAUCAUACUACCUUCUCCAAAAUCAAUCAUAUAAUUGGUCACAAGACAGACCUCAACAAAUAUAAGAUGAUCGAAAUAAUCCCAUGCCUCCUCUCAGAUCACUAUGGAGUAAAAGUGGUCUAAAAUAGCAACAAAAUCAACAGAAAGCCCACAUACACAUGGAAACUGAACAAUACUCUACUCAAUGAUACCUUGGUCAAAGAAGAAAUAAAGAAAGAAAUCAAAGACUUUUUAGAAUUUAACGAAAAUUAAGGCACAACAUAUUCAAAUCUAUGGGACACAAUGAAAGCAGUGCUAAGAGGAAAACUCUUAACCCUGAGUGCCUCCAAAAAGAAAUUGGAGAGAGCAUACACUAGAAGCUUAAAGGCACAACUGAAAGCCCUGGAACAAAAAGAAGCAAAUUCACCCAGGAGGAGUAGAAGACAGGAAAUCAUCAAGGGCUGAUUCAAUCAAGUAGAAACUAAGAGAACCAUACAAAGAAUCAACAAAACCAGGAGCUGGUUCUUUGAAAAAAAUCAACAAGAUAGAUAAACCCUUAGCCAGACUAACCAAGGGGCACAGAGACAGUAUCCAGAUUAACAAUAUUAGAAAUGAAAAGGGAGAUAUAACAACACAAACGGAACAAAUUCAAAAAAUCAUCAGAUCCUACUACAAAAGCCUAUACUCAACACAACUGGAGAAUCUGGAGGAAAUGGACAAUUUCUUAGACAGAUACCAAAUACCAAAAUUAUAUCAGGGUCUAAUAGAUCAUCUAACAGACUCAUAACCCUAAAGAAAUAGAAGGGGUCAUAGAAAGCCUUCUAACCAAAAAAAGCACAGGACCAGAUGGUUUUAGUGCAGAAUUUUAUCAGACCUUCAAAGAAGACUUAACACCAAUACUCUUCAAACUAUUCCACAAAAUAGAAACAGAAGGCACACUACCCAACUCGUUCUACGAAGCCACAAUUACGCUGAUACCAAAACCACACAAAGAUCCAACAAAGAAAGAGAACUUCAGGCCAAUUUCCCUUAUGAAUAUCGAUGCAAAAAUACUUAAUAAAAUUCUUGCCCACCGAAUCCAAGAACACAUCAAAAUGGUCAUCCACCAUGAUCCAGUAGGCUUCAUCUCAGGGAUGCAGGGAUGGUUCAAUAUAUGGAAAUCCAUCAAUGCUAUCCACUACAUAAACAAACUCAAAGAAAAAAAACCACAUGAUCAUUUCAUUAGAGGCUGAAAAAGCAUUUGACAAAAUUCAGCAUCCUUUCAUGCUAUAAGUCUUGGAAAGAACAGGAAUUCAAGGCCCAUAUCUAAACAUAGUAAAAGCAAUAUACAGCAAACCGGUAGCCAGCAUCAAACUAAAUGGAGAGAAACUUGAAGCAAUCCCAUGAAAGUCAGGGGCUAGACAAGGCUGCCCCCUCUCUCCAUAUCUUUUCAAUAUAGUUCUUGAACUCCUAGCUAGAGCAAUUAGACAACAUAAGAAGGUCAAAGGGAUACAAAUUGGAAAGGAAGAAGUCAAACUAUCACUAUUUGCAGAUGAUAUGAUAGUAUUCUUAAGUGACCCAAAAAACUCUACUAUAGAACUCCUACGGCUGAUAAACGACUUCAGCAAAGUGGCUGGUUACAAAAUCAACUCAAGCAAAUCAAUAGUCUUUCUAUACUCAAAGGAUAAGCAGACUGAGAAAGAAAUUAGGGAAAUGACAGCCUUCACAAUAGCCACAAACAGCAUAAAGUAUCUAGGCGUGACUCUAACCAAACAAGUGAAAGACCUAUACGACAAGAACUUCAGAUAUCUGAAGAAGGAAAUUGAAGAAGACUUCAGAAAAUGGAAAAAUCUUCCAUGCUCAUGUAUUUUCAGGAUUAAUAUAAUUAAAAUGGCCAUCUUGCCAAAAGCAAUCUACAGAUUCAACGCAAUCCCCAUCAAAAUCCCAACUCAGUUCUUCAGAGAGUUAGAAAGAGCAAUUCUCAAAUUCAUCUGGAAUAACAAAAAAACCAGGAUAGCUAAAACUAUCCUCAACAGUAAAAGAAUUUCUGGGGGAAUCAGUAUCCCAGACCUCAAACAUUACUACAGAGCAAUAGUGAUAAAAACUGCAUGGUAUUGGUACAGGCAAGUGGAUCGAUGGAAUAGGAUUGAAGACCCAGAAAUGAACCCACACACCUAUGGUCACUUGAUCUUUGACAAAGGAGCUGAAAACAUCCAGUGGAAAAAAGAUAGCCUUUUCAACAAAUGGUGCUGGUUCAAUUGGAGGUCAGCAUGCAGAAGAAUGCGAAUUGAUCCAUCCUUAUCUCCUUGUACUAAGCUCAACUCCAAGUGGAUCAAGGACCUCCACAUAAAACCCAACACACUGAAACUGAUAGAAAAGAAACUGGGGAAGACACUUGAGGACAUGGGGAAAAGUUCCUGAACAGAAAACCAAUAGCUUAAGCUCUAAGAUCAAGAAUUGACAAAUGGGACCUCAUAAAAUUACAAAUUUUCUGCAAGGAAAGGACACUGUCAAAAUGACAAAACAGCAACCAACAGAUUGGGAAAGGAUCUUCACCAACCCUAAAUCCGACAGAAGGCUAAUAUCUAAUAUAUAGAAAGAACUCAAGAAGUUAGACCCCAGAGAACCUAAUAACCCUAUUAAAACAUGGGGUACAGAGCUAAACAAAGAUUUCACAUGAAGAACUUCAUAUGGCUAAGAAGCGCCUUAAGAAAUGUUCAACAUUGUUGAUCAAUGGGGAAAUGCAAAUCAAAAUAACCCUGAGAUUUCACGUCACACCAGUCAGAAUGGCUAAGGUUAAAAACUCAGGACACAGCAGGUGUUGGCGAGAAUGUGGAGAAAGAGGAAUACUCCUCCACUGCUGGUGGGAUUGCAAGAUAGUACAACCACUUUGGAAAUCAGUCUGGCGGUUCCUCAGAAAUCUGGGCAUGACACUUCCAGAGGAUCCUGCUAUACCUCUCCUGGGCAUAUACCCACAAGAUUCCCUGGCAUGCAAUAAGGACACAUGCUCCACUAUGUUCAUAGCAGCCUUAUUUAUAAUAGCCAGAAGCUAGAAAGAACCCAGAUGUCCCUCAAUGGAGGAAUGGAUACAGAAAAUGUGGUAUAUUUAUACAAUGGAAUACUACUCAGCAAUUAAAAACAGUGAAUUCAUGAAAUUCUUAGGCAAAUGGUUGGAACUGGAAAAUAUCAUCCUAAGUGAGGUAACCUAGUCACAAAAGAAUACACAUGGAAUGCAAUCUCUGAUAAGUGGAUAUUAAUUAGCCCAGAAGCUCUGAAUUCUCAAGACACUUGUUAGCAUAUCAAAUGAUACCCAAGAAGAGGGAAAGAGAGGGCCCUGGUUCUGAAAAGAGUUGAUACAACAUUGUAGGGGAGUACCAGGACAGUGAAAUAGGGGAGGGGGUGAUUGGGAAAUAG